AUGGCCUCUCCGAUUAGCUGCCUAUCAAUCUUGGUAAUCCCUCUACUAGUCGCAUCUCUUUUCUUCCAAGUUUGGUCGGUUGAUGAAGCCUUCUUGGAAAAUAUUUGCCAGAAGACUGCGGACUAUGAGUUUUGCCAAUCAACUUUACGUUCAGACCCACGUACUUUCACAGCUAAUACAGAUUUUCUUGUUCUCGUUUCUAUCUCUAUAACAUCUAAGCAUGUACAAAAUACCAUUGAUCAAAUCGCAAAUAUUCUUAAAAGUCUGACAGACCCAUUGGAUAAGACUCGAAUCCAGAAUUGCCAAGCCGAUUAUAAUGAAAUAGAAGUGAAAUUGAAUGCUGCAUACUCGUCUUCAGAUGCAAAGUCUUAUCAGGAAGCGCUAAAUUUACUUACAGAUGCACUGAAUAAACGUGUAGAAUGUGAUGAUGAAUACAGAUUGACCCCCCCAAUACGUGAUUCACCACUACUCAGUGCUUCUACCGCACUGCAGAAGCAAAUCGGUAUUACUUGGGUAAUCAUUGAGGAGAUUAUCUGA